UGAAAGCCAGUUGAGAGCAAUAGCCUAUAAACCCUCCUCUUCAACUCUCUCAACCCCCAUUUCUUAACCUAAAUCUAUCGCCGAUUUCUUCAUUCUCUCUCACUCACACCCAUUUCCAAUUCGACGCAUUCCCCAUGGCUUUGCCGGACCAGAAGACUGUUGAUUAUCCUAGUUUCAAGCUCGUCAUUGUUGGUGAUGGCGGCACUGGAAAAACCACUUUUGUGAAAAGACAUCUCACAGGGGAGUUCGAAAAGAAAUAUGAACCAACCAUUGGCGUGGAAGUGCACCCUUUGGACUUCUUCACAAACUGUGGAAAAAUUAGAUUUUACUGCUGGGACACUGCUGGGCAGGAGAAGUUCGGUGGUUUACGGGAUGGCUACUACAUUCAUGGGCAAUGUGCAAUCAUCAUGUUUGAUGUUACUGCCAGAUUGACAUACAAAAAUGUUCCUACAUGGCAUCGUGAUCUUUGCAGGGUGUGUGAGAAUAUUCCAAUUGUUCUUUGUGGAAACAAGGUGGAUGUAAAAAACAGGCAGGUUAAGGCCAAGCAAGUCACAUUCCACAGGAAGAAGAACCUACAGUACUAUGAAAUAUCUGCGAAGAGUAACUACAACUUUGAAAAACCAUUCCUUUACUUGGCCAGGAAAUUAGCUGGGGAUGCAAACAUUCAUUUUGUUGAGUCUCCUGCCCUUGCUCCUCCAGAAGUACACAUUGACUUGGCUGCCCAACAACAGCAUGAAGCUGAGUUGGCGGCAGCUGCCAGUCAACCACUGCCAGAUGACGAUGACGAUGCAUUUGAAUAGAAACGUGGCUUGAACAUCUGGUGAUUUUCUUUAUCAGAUUAUCUUUAUUUUCUCCUUUUCCUCCGAGUGAUCUCGGUGCUAGGAUUGACAGGAGGGAAUUUGGAUUUGGUGGGGGGCUGGAUUGGGUGUGGGUAUUGAUAGAGAUUUGAGUUUUGAAAACGUCAAGUUUUCCCGGAACAAACAGAAUUUGGUGUCAAUGAUUGGUUUUUCUUCUUUGUUUUGUGAGUGAGUGAGUUGUGUAUCGAUGAAUGUAACUGUGUGGAUUAGAUGUUACAGUAUUUGAGAUGAGUUGAUUCCUUUCUUCUCAUAUCCUUUGUUCAUCUUUCUUGGGAUUUUCUUGAGUCAAAUGUUAUAUGUUCUGUUCCGUUGACAUCUAUUUAUGUCUUUAUUAUAACUAGUGAGUUCUCUUA